UCACUGAAAACACGCCCACCACGAGAGAUCAGCUGUCAAGAUUAUUUCACGUUGCUGGUCAGUUUUUAAUGACAAACAAACCGAAAGCGACCGUUGCGCUGUAUGGAAAACACACCUGUACUGGACCAACAGUAACGUUAGCUACUGUGUUCCUCUAACAAGAGUAGUUUCUCUUUAAGAGCUUGACGGUAGCUGCAGUAACGUUAAUAAGAAGAUUAGUACUGUGAAGAGAGAAAUCUAGGCCCAUAUGCAUUAGAGAAGCUAGCAGAACACUGACACCUGUUGCAGCACACUAUGGAUGACGAGAGUCCCCCGUCCCUGACUAACAUUAGCUUGGCCUGGCUGUGUCACAACGUGGAAGUGCUUUGUGUUGAACAAGACAAUGGAUCGCUGCAGCUCCGCCACUGUCCUUUAUUUCCUCAAGAGUUGGCUGAUCAGCUGCUGCACAGGAUGGCUCAUGAGGGGGUCCUCAAUGAUAGAACCGUCAGCAUUUUCCAGAACCUGGAGCACUUGCGUCUGCGGCGAGCGCACAUCCAGUCCUCGCACCUCUCAGCCGAGGCCUUCAGACUGGCUCUCUGCCCUCACAAGCUUCAAGAACUGAAUGCUUCACAUAUACACAGUGACCUCACAAUCUCAGAUAUUCUCCACAGCAUUACCUCCAGCAAAGCGUGCAGACAGGGCCUUCAGACUCUGCUGAUGAAUGGCCUGCAUCUGUAUGGGGAAGCAGGCGAGGGGUCCCUGCAGGCCUCCUUCAGCAUGCUCCGGGGCUUAAAGAAGCUCUCUCUGGCCUGGACGGACCUGGAGGACAGAGGUCUGGAGGACAUCUGCGCAAUGGCCAUGCUGGAGAGCUUAGAUAUCUCCGGUACUAACGUCACAGAUCUAAGACCUCUUUUGAACUGUGAGUCUCGGCUAAGGUCUCUAACUGUGCAUGGGCUUCAGAAGUUAGAGAUGCCCACCUCCAGCCUCAUCUUAGUGCUCUCCAAGCUGCAGUUGCUGAGGCACCUGGACAUCUCUAAUGACAAGCUGGUAAUGGAUGGAGACAACUUGGUGCAGCAACUGCUCGAGCGCCCAGAGAUCCUUCUGCAUCUUGUGUCCCUGGAUGUGUCGGGCUGGAGAGGUUUAAGCGAUGCUACUGUCCAAGCCUUUUUGGAGGUGCGGCCUGGGAUGAGGUUCAUUGGGCUGCUGGCCACGGGUGCAGGUGGCUCUGAGCUGCUGUGUGGAGAUGGAGAUCUGAAGGUGGCUGGAGAGUCCAAUUUGACCCAACUGUGUGAAGCCUUGAGGAGAUACAGCGACCGAGAGAGUUUCAUGCUGGAGAUUCUUAAACAUCUUUACAGUCACACCAACAACUUGGAAAGACCUCAGCCAAACAUAAUAAAGUUGGUAUUGGCUGGAAUGAAACACCACACAGAUUCUCUCCAUGUUCAGCUUGUGGCCACUGCAUGCGUGUUUAACCUGACCGUACAGGAGAUGGUACUGGGAAUGUCCUUACACCUGGUGGGAACUGUAGUUCAACAGCUUCUCACAGCCAUGAAGAACUUCCCAAACCACGAGCAGUUGCAGAAGAAUUGCCUGCUUACCCUUUGCAGUGACCAUAUCUUACAGGUUGUCCCAUUUGACAGAUACGAAGCUGCUAAGUUGAUAAUGAUGUUGCUGGGGAAUCACGGAGAUCAGACGGUGCAGAGAAUGGCGGUGGCUGUAGUCUCCGUACUGGUGUCUAAGUUGAGUACAGAGGAGAUCUCAGAACUGGGUGCAGAGGCAUUUAUAAUGAAGCAGUUGCUGAGCAUCGUUCAACAGAAGGCCUCACUGGGUGUAGUGGAUUCAACUCUGAAGUUUGCAUUAAGUGCUUUGUGGAAUUUGACAGAUGAGACACCCACUGCUUGUCUACAUUUCAUUCAGUGCCAAGGACUGGAACUCUACAUGGAAUUGCUAGAGUCAUAUUAUUCCGAAUUCUCCAUCCAGCAGAAGCUCCUGGGCCUUUUGAAUAAUGUAGCAGAGGUGGAGGAGCUGCGGACGGAGCUGAUGGAUGAGGACCUGGUGGAGCACAUUCUCUCACUCUUAAUCAACCCAGAGGUGGAGGUGGAUGUCCGUUAUUUUGCUGGAGGGAUCCUGGCACAUCUCACCUCAGUCAGGGGGCCUGAGUGGCGUCUGGAUGCUGAGCUGCACUGCACAGUGCAGGAGAAACUGCACUCUUCUAUCCUGUCAUGGAGUUCUCCUGAGCAUGCAAUGGUUUCCUACCGGACGCUCCAGCCCUUCUAUCCUUUGCUACACAUCUCUCAGUGUUCUGGUGUUCAGCUUUGGGCUCUCUGGGCCAUACAAUUCGUCUGCUCUCAGAACGCCCCUCAAUACUGCAGUAUGCUCCAGACGGAGGGAGGAACAGACCGACUGAGAGUCCUGAGCACCCAUCCAGACACCCACAGUGAUGUGAAGUGUCUGGUAGAAAACAUCUUUAAGAUCCUGGAGCGAAACCUUCAUUCCGCCAGCCCAGGUUCAAAAUGUACUACCAUCUCUCUGCAAUGAACAUGUUCUGUUAAUGUUGUCAUUACUUGUGAUUUAAUCAUUUUAGGAGUAACGCUUUAAAUGUCUGUAUUUUCAGAAUUUAAAACACUCAUGUUAAUACAAAUGAAAAGCACAAGCACUUAUGGUGGUUGAAGAUAAAAUAUAUAUAUAUAUUUGUCUGCCUAAACUAAGUGUUUUUUUUUUUAAUAGUUUGUUAAUGAAGUGUUUAAUUUACGAACUUGGGAAACACAUAUUGCUGCCCCAAACUCACACCAUUGGUGGAGUCUUGCUGUUUAUGUUGACCCGGAUGCUCAAACAACCAGCAUAUGAAAAGCAAAACGUGUAUUUGAUACAUAAGUUGUACUGUUAGUUUAAACUUCUUCAAUUCUUUAAAAUGCAUGUUUCUGGAUGAAAAACAUACCAUAAUCCAUGUAUACACAGAUACCUCAUUACUGACCGUUUCUAUGGGCCGCUGUAAGCCAUCCCCCAUGUUGGAAUGGUCAAAGCUGGUUAGUGAGCACUUAAA